UGUUAUUACAUGAAGUGAUCUCAUCGUCGCUGACCUAGUUCUUCGCAGCAUUGUUGGCUCACAAACAAUGGCUGACAUAAUUCUGCUUCAUGCUUAUAAGGGACGGGCAAAAUCGGUUAAUUUGAGCAAUAAAAAACUUUCCGGAGUGCCAAAUUUGGUUGGGAAACUUUCCAAUGUGAGGAUACUCGACUUAAAAAAUAAUAAAAUCCGAUCAUUGCCCGCGGAUUUCGCCGCCAUCCGCCAGCUUGAAACACUAAACCUUGGCAAUAACCUUCUUGAAGAACUUCCUGCAGAAUUAUGUUAUCUUGUGAAUCUGAAAAAACUUCAUCUGUUUGCAAACAAUAUCAUAACAUUGUGCCCUAGAGUUUUGUGUUGUUUGCAACAGUUAACAUUUUUAAACCUUAAUGAAAAUAUGUUGACAUCUUUGCCCCCGGAUAUUGACAGGCUUGUGUCUCUGGAGUUCCUAAGCGCCAACAAAAACAAGCUCCGCAGUGUUCCAGAUGAGAUAUGCCAUCUCACCAAUUUAAGUGAAAUACAUUUAGCUGACAAUUUCAUUGAAAGCCUUCCAGAAAAUAUCGCAUUUCUCAGAAACCUGACGCGAUUAGUACUGUACAAGAACAAAAUCACCGAACUUCCUGAGGGUUUGUCAAAGUGCUCUAAAUUAGAGUGCUUGGACGUUUCAUGCAACCUGAUGAAAUACUUCCCAGUCGAGUUACAUUGUUUACCAUUGAGAGAACUGUAUUGUGAAGGCAAUAACUUAUUGCAACAUUUACCUGUUCAUUCCGAACAAGAGGAAGAAGUCUUAGCCUUGAAGGAGAUUUGCUCACGGUUUGUCCUCAAGGCAACAAAAGACAAAAAAUCUUAUCUUCGCGUUCAACUUCGAGAAUAUCCAAUGAUUAAGGAGAUGCUUACGUACGCUAUGGAGUGUCCCGUAUGUGGAAAUUCCUUUCUUAACACUUGGCUUGAAUGCGUUCGCUUUGUAGACAGCAAAAAGGGUUUAGGGACGAAAAAUUCUCCUGGAAUUAUUCCAAUCCGAGGUCUGCUAUGUUCAUACAAAUGUUUCAAUGUGGAGGGACAUGAUUACUUUGGCAUCGCACAACUUGGAGAGAACUGAAGAAUCAAUGGAUGACUACUGU